AGUCAGCUCCAUUCCGCGUGUUGAUUAUCCAUGCCACGUUUUACAUCUCGUUCGGGGUCUCUCAAGUUUCACUCGACUGUGUGCUUUGUGUUGUCAGGCAGAAAGACAUACAUACACUCGACAACCGGGGUGGCGUGAGACCUACUCGCACACUCACUUCAUUUUUUUUUUUACCUUUCCUUCCGUCCGUCGUUUGUACACUUAUCCGUUUUCCUAACUAUGUCGGUGGGGUGCGAGUCUGGAUUCUCGAGCGAGGAGGUUUUAAACAGCCGCUUCCCUCUCCACCGGGCGUGCAGAGAUGGAGAUGUCGGCGCCUUGUGCUCCUUCCUUCAGGCAACCACGAACGCGGCUGACCUCACCGUGGAGGACACCUUCUACGGCUGGACGCCCAUACACUGGGCAGCUCAUUUCGGAAAGCUGGAGUGCAUGAUGCGUCUGGUACAAGUAGGCUGCGGCGUCAACAUUGUGACCUCCAAGUUUGCCCAGACGCCAACUCACAUUUCAGCAUUUGGAGGCCAUCCCCAUUGCUUGUUAUGGCUCCUACAAGCUGGUGCAGACAUUAAUAGACAGGACUAUGUGGGCGAGACGCCCAUCCACAAGGCUGCACGCGCGGGCAGUCUGGAGUGCAUCAACGCUCUCCUGGUGCAGGGAGCAAAAGCUGAUGUGAGGAAUGCCAGUGGGCUGACCGCUGCCGACCUGGCCCACGCGCAGGGCUUCCAGGAGUGCGCUGAGCUUCUCUCCAAUGCCCAGAACUUUCAACAAAACAUGGCUCAGUUCCAUAAUGGGGCCUUUCUUAAUGGCACCAGCCAGAAUGGGGGCCACGUUCACCCCACUAUCCAGGGCCGGAGCUUCUUCAAGGGCAUACCGAACAGAAAGAGGUCAUUCGAUGACCAGGAAAGCAACCCAGUCAAGAAAUCAAGACCUAACGGUCUGUGCGUGCCGGUUGAACUGCAGAACGGCAAUGGGCCACUGGUCGGUGCUGGAGAGUCCCCAAUGGAAAGCAUGGAGUUGGCGUCUGCUGUGACCUCAGGUGGGCCAGGACCCUUUGCAUUGGGGCUGAAUGGGCUUGCGCCAGCGAACGGGUCGGGGCCCAUGGAUCAGUGGGAGGACCAGGGGGGACGGGCCACUCCCAGCCCCAAAGCUAAAGAGCUGGAGGUCUUCAAUGUGGCAACCAUGCAGACUCCCUGUCGCUGCACCAACUCGUACGCUUAUUUGUAGAGAGGCUGCCAGUGUAUGUGUGUCUCUUUGUGUGGGUGGUGGCACACUACAAUGUUCACAUUUGUGUUGUAUAUAUUUUGCAAUUCUUAAACUUUGGUUGACGGUAAUUGUUUGCGUCUUACAUGGAUAAAGGAAAAUAUUACGGUACAAAGGGUGUAUAGCAGUGUGCGUAAGCUUUUAAAAAACAUUUUUUUUUUUUUUUUUACACCCUCUGAUGUUCCUGAUUCCCAACAAAAUUUUAAAGCAUUUGUCCAGUUGUACUGGAAAUUUAAGAGGUUUCUUGGAAAAACAAUUGACUUUUUUUGCAUUUUUUUAUAGGGUAUUUACGGAUAACAGAAUCAUUUGUGGUUCCCUGUCUCAUCAGUUGAACAGUGGAAAGAGAAUACUCUCCUUGGUUAUUAGUCUUAAAUAGAAUUAAAAUGACUCUUGCUUCACAACAUAGUCAACUAUCAUUUUAAUUGUUGUAUGCUUUUUUUUUGUGUGUUGUGGCUUGAACUAAAACUGUUGGUAAAUGUGCAGUGUUAAUUUGCAACGUUGAAGGGAAACUUGAAUUCUAUUUGUAGGCAUAUGAUAUCAAUCAUUUAAGUUGGGGUUCUAAAGUUUUAUUUAGCAUCAUCCCACCUCCCUCCUCUCUAAGCUGGGCCUGUUGUCGAACAUUCCUUGUACGUUUGUCUUGAAUGAAAACUUGAGAGCACUGAGGUAUUAACUGGCCUCUGUUGAUAUGGUACUGUUAAAGAAUUUCAAACUGCCUCAUGCCAAAGCAAUUCCCAAAAUGAAUGUAGCUCGUGGAGGUACAACUCAUACACAGGGCGGUUUUUCUACCGGCUUUUACAGUUUCUUGAUGUAACAAAUUAAGACUCGGUACAGUGGUACCUCAAAUGUCGACUAUAAUUUAACUGUGACGCUGGAUGAACUUCCUUUCGCAUUUAAAAGCAAUUGUAUUUGAAAGCAUUUGUUCAGGGAAUGUUUCAAGUAACAUUUUAACAUCAUAAAUGUUCAUACAAGUACAUGUAGGUAUGUGGCAGCUAACCAAUCAGCGUCUACAGUGAGAAGCGCACUUACAUCAUCGCUCAUUUUUUUUCUUAACAGCACAGGGAAGGGCUCAAUUGCACAACACCAAUACCAGAAUGUUCAACUCGGAAUCCGUUGUUGGCAAAAUGUUUGCUAAUAACUCCUGAGACGCCUAUCAGAUUAACAAGAAUGGGAAUUUAAAAACAAGAAGUAGAAACCGGUGAAACAUGGCUGACCAAAACCAGUACUUCUGCUUAGACUCCACAUGACUACCGAUCAUCACUUCAGACUAUCCUUGGCACCAGGUUAAUCCUGCGAUGCUGGCUAAAAUGAGGUCUUGAGGUGCAUGGAGAGCUCACGCGUAAUCAGUUUUAAUUUCUCCUGAAAAAAUUGGCCUGACUCUCAUAUUACUUUAACGUCUAUGCCGUUCGACUUUGAAGGUACCAGUGUAUCCCAUUGACUUUUUUUCAGAUUUGUUGCUCAAGUAUGACGAUCAAUGUUUACUCUGUUGGCAAUGUUGCCUAUUACAUAUUCUAUAAUGUUCAUUUAAAGAAGAAAAAAUUGAAAGGUAAUUUUAUAAUCCAUUAGUUAGCUGCCCAAGAAAGUUUGCAUUGGUACAGUAUGUAUAGUUUGCUAAGGGGGUCGGGGGGAGCUUUAUUACUUGAGCUGAUAGUGGAACAAAGGUGCUUUGUUUCCAUAUUGCAUUUACAUUACUGUUGUAUUUUUUUUUUUUGUGUGGUGAUAUAAGAAAGUUAGUGUGUGUGUGUGUCGCUGAUGAGCAAGUGUAGCUUUGUAAUUAAGGAUGUGAAAUCAUUAAAUGUGCAAAUUUUUUACAACCA